UGUUAAAAGCCAUGAAGUGAAUUCUAAACAAAAAUUAUUGACGAAAGCUAAGCCAGAUUUUGAAAGAAAUUUAGCUACUUUCAAAAUGGAAUUUAGAGAGGAUUUAAAUGCUAAAAAGUCCUUUUACAAAUGUAAAGACUCAGAUGAAGAUGAUGAGACUGAAAUAAUUGCUGAAGAAAAAACUAUAAAUUCGCAACAAAAUUUUCAAACAUAUUUACCAAAGGUAAUAAGAAAUCAAAUCAACACUAACAGUAAUGGUUCACAGACACAUAAAACCUAUAAAGAGAUAGACAAUAUCAAUCUGACAUCAGCAGUUUUAAGCACUAGUGAAAUGGCAGUUACCUGUAAAGUUUUUAAGACAGGUGAUGAAUUAGGGAAAUUAAAUGUUGGAGACCGAGUUAUUUUUUAUGCCACAGCUUCAUCUGUGACACUAGUUGAUACUGUGGACAGUUCAGAUGAUGAACAAGAACCUAAUCAAGAUGAACCAGAAUCAAAACCAGCCAGCACUGCUACGAGUUCAUCAUUGAUUGAAAUGUUUAAGCCCAAAUCUGGGAGCUGGGAAUGUGAUGGUUGUCUGGUGAGAAACAACUCUGAUGUGGUCAAGUGUCCAGCUUGUGGAACUGUGAAGUCUGGCACCAAACCUGAGGAUGUGCCUAAACCUGCAGCUGGUGGAAUCUCUUUUGGUGCUUCUCUCUCUGCUGACCCUGCAGCCCAAGAUGGAACAUCAUCAAUAAGAUCUUUUGGUGAAAAGGUUUGGAGCUGGAAAUGUGGUCGUUGUGUGCUUAAAGAGACAGCUGGUGCCGUGGAGUGUAUUGAGUGCGGAGUAUCAAUUUCUACAAAGGAUGGAUUUCUUUUUACGGUACCCACUACCGUAGUGCAUGCAGUCCCUGUUGGAGUUACGUUUGGUGAUUCCAAUACAAAUAUUGUACUGCCUUCGACAGGAGAUUUGUUACAUACAACAAAUGAUACGGCAGAGAAGGUCAUUGCUGAAUUCACCUCAAUGUUCCGAUAA